ACUGCAGGCAGCAGGACUGCAUGUCCUUGUGAGCUCUGAGUGGGUUUUGCCCCUGCUCGUGGUGCUGGGAGCCUUUGGGUUGUUUGAACACCCAGCAGAGAGUGAGCAGGUGUGUGGAGCAUCCCUUGGAGCACACAGGGGUGUGUGGAGCAUCCCUUGGAGCACACAGGGGUGUGAGGCAGCCAAGCCUGGAUCUGCUGUCAGCCACGUGCUGAGCACGGCUUUGCUCUGAGCCGAGCCCGGCCUCCAGCACUGCUAUUUUUAAGUCACCCCACUGGCACUCGGGCUGUUUUCACGGGGAGGAGAAGCCAAUGGGUGAAUUUUACCUCCUGUGCAUGUAGAGGCUGCAAACACUUGCACAAAUUCCUGUGAGAUAGCUGGAAAUUCUUGGCUAAUCUCUUUUCUUUCUGUAACUCCCUCCCUUUUCCCUCUGCCCGCUCUCUGGAUGCCUCUGAUCCAUCACCACGCUGUCCAUGCUCCCUGCUCUGCUCCCUGCCCUCUGCUCCCCUCUGUGUGCUGCUGAAUUCACCCCAGACCCGGCUGGGAUGUGGGGCAGGGACUGUCCUGGCUGUCCCACCAAGGCUUGUCCUGACUGACAGCCGAGCCUGGAUCAUGCUGGGUGUGCACUCCAGGAGCUCAGCUCUGCUCCCAGAUUUAUAACCACGGAGCUGGGUGGUUUUCCUGCUGUCUGCAGCUACCUGUGGGUCCUGCUGUCCUCAUCUGUGACAUUGCACAGUGCAGGCAGGAGGCUUUCAGUGAGGCACCCAGGGUAUUUUGGGAUAAAGGAACAGCUGGGAUAUCCAGGCACUGUCUGGCUGCACAGGGAUAUGGAGCUGAACCACGCCAGUGAAGGGCUCUUGGUAGAAAUAACCCAGCAUAUUUUUUCCCAGGGUCCAACAUCCAUGGAACCAACUCCCCGAGCAGAGAAUCAAACACAGAAAGGAACAACGAGGCUUUGUCAGUGAUUAAAUUAAUUCCAAGCUGGAUUGGGAAGGUCUGGCAGUGUUUGGGAGGCUGUGGAAGGCUGUUGUGGCUGGAGCAUCCUCAAAAAUGCACCUCACCUCUGGGCAGCAGUGGAAAACACGGAUCUGCCCCGGCAGAUUCUCACUGCUCUUCCCUGGAAUCUGCCGAUGGAGCUACUCCCUCCUCUCUGCUGUUCCACUACCAGCUCUCCCAAGUUUCCCUGGAGAAAGAAACCAAGAUGUUCCAUAAGCAAAGGUUCCCUGCCCAGGACAUCUGAUGGAGCACUGUGGAUGAGGGAUCCCCACUGAAGGCUGAGCCAUGCAGUAGGAGCCAGCACAGCCCACGGAAGAGCAGGACCUGCAGGAGGGACGGGCCAUGCGGAGCCUGGGCUGCCUCCCCUGGGGACUCCUCCUCAUCCUCAGCACCACCAGCACCGAGGGCUUUGCCCGGGCAGGCCGCAGGGUUUGUGCCGUGGGGCAGCCGAGCCACCGGAGUGUCCACACCGAGUCCCACGUGCAGCCCGUGUACCAGCCCUACCUCACCACCUGCCAGGGCCACCGCCUCUGCAGCACCUACAGGACCAUCUACAGGGUUGCCUACAGGCAGAGGUACAGGCAGGUGCCUGAGCCCACGGCCUCGUGCUGUCCUGGCUGGAGCAGAGCAAACGGCCACACACUCGGCUGUAACAGAGCUCUCUGCUGGGAGCCGUGCCAGAACGGAGGGAGCUGCACCUUCCCCGGGAGAUGCUCCUGCCCCCCCGGCUGGACGGGGAGAGCCUGCCAGACAGAUGUGGACGAGUGUGCCAGCCAGAGCCACGGGUGCAGCCAGCUCUGCAUCAACACAGCCGGGAGCUUCCACUGUGCCUGCCAGGACGGCUUCAGCCUCGCUGCCGAUGACAAGGGCUGCCAGCCCCUGGUGCCACUGCCUGGGACAGACACCUCCAGCCAAGCAGGUCCCUCCAGUGAAAUGAAGGAAGAAAUGAAGGACCUGAGGAGCAGAGUGGAAGCGUUGGAGCAGAAGCUGCAGCUGGUGCUGGCCCCUUUCCACAACCUGAUGCUGCCGGAGGAUGUCGGUGCAGACCCCAUCAGCCGCCUGUCCCACUCCCUCCAGCAGCUGGACAGGAUCGACUCCCUGAGCGAGCAGAUCUCGUUCCUGGAGGAGCGGCUGGAGACCUGUAAGUGUCUGGAAAAAGCAGUGGGGAAGGAUCUGCCUCCAGCCAUGCUGGCCACGGGGAGCAGACGUGGGCCAGCGAGAUCAGUAACACAUAUGCCACUGUUAAUCUGGAUCUGCCUCCAGCUCAGCAGCCUGUAAUUAAUAAAGGAUGAACACAAACAGCCCAUUAGCUUCAUUUCAAAGCUGUUUCUAUGGCUGCACCAUCUGACUGCCCUUGUAGCAGCCAAAUAUUGUAGGAUUGGCACAUGGAAAGGUGCCUGUGGGGCAGAGCUGAGGGAGGCACUGGGAGCAGUGCACCUCACAGCUCCUGUCCCUUCCUGAUCACUCGGUCCUUAGGAAAGAACCCCCAGCUUUUAGGAAAUUAACAGUCCAAAAAGUCAAUCAGGGAAGUUUAGGGAGCGUGCAGAAUUUGGCAGAUUUAUGAGCCUGGGAAGUUUUAGGCAUUUCUUCUGGAA